CCUGCGAGGGGGCGGGAUCUUGUGACGUUGGACCAAUCAGCAACUACCUGAGCGCACCUGGCCUCCUCCUCCUCCCGCGGGCUCCAGCGAGCCGCGGUGCUCAAAGCUCUACCAGGAGUUUAGCGGAGUAGCCUACCGUUGCCGCAGCCUCUUCACUUUCCUUCCGUCAUGGGACUCCUUAGAGGGCCUCUCGCCUCCCUUCUCCUUCUGCUUCAGACUCAGGUUUGCUGGCUACCAAGCUUGGCCUCCGAGCCCUAUCUGGCAGACUUCGGGGAAGCUGAAGUGACCUUGGAGGUGGGAGGAACUGAUCUGGAGCCCAGCCAAGCGCUGGGGAAAGUAGCAUUGACUGGAUGCACUGGACAUGAGAUGCAUGGUGCAGCGCAUGGAGAAGUCACUGUGCUCAACAGUGGGACAGUCCAGAAAGGGAAGGCUGCAGUGAGCUCCCUGCCCAAACGCAUCUUAAGAAGACAGAAGAGAGAGUGGGUGAUGCCGCCAAUAUCAGUCCCUGAGAAUGGCAAGGGUCCUUUCCCUCAGAGGCUGAAUCAGCUCAAAUCUAAUAAGGACAGAGGCACCAAGAUUUUCUACAGCAUCACUGGGCCUGGAGCAGAUAGUCCCCCUGAGGGUGUCUUCACUAUAGAGAAGGAGACAGGCUGGUUGCUGUUGAAUAUGCCACUGGACAGGGAGAAGAUUGUCAAGUAUGAGCUUUUUGGCCAUGCAGUGUCCGAGAAUGGUGCCUCUGUGGAGGAGCCCAUGAACAUCUCCAUCGUGGUGACAGACCAGAACGACAACAAACCCAAGUUCACUCAGGAGACCUUCAGAGGGAGGGUGUCUGAGGGGGCAACACCUGGCACUUCUGUGAUGCAGGUAACAGCCACAGAUGAGGAUGACGCCGUCAACACUUACAACGGAGUGGUGGCUUACUCCAUUCAUAGCCAAGAACCAAAGGAGCCUUAUGACCUCAUGUUCACCAUCCACAAAAGCACUGGGACCAUUAGUGUCAUCUCCAGUGGCCUGGACCGGGAGAAAGUCCCUGAGUACACAUUGACCAUCCAGGCCACAGACAUGGAUGGAGAGGGCUCUACCACCACAGCAGUGGCCGUAGUGGAAAUCCUUGAUGCCAAUGACAAUGCUCCUGAGUUUGAGCCACAGAAGUAUGAGGCCUGGGUGCCUGAGAACACAGUGGGCCAUGACGUGCAGAGUCUAACAGUGACUGAUCUGGAUGCCCCCAACUCACCGGCAUGGCGUGCCACCUACCAAAUCGUGGGAGGUGAUGAUGGGGACCAUUUUACCAUCACCACUCACCCAGAGACCAACCAAGGCAUCCUGACAACCAAGAAGGGCUUGGAUUUUGAGGCUCAGAACCAACACACGCUGUACAUAGAGGUGACCAAUGAGGCUCCCUUUGUGGUGAAGCUCCCGACUGCCACUGCUACCAUAGUGGUGCACGUGGAAGAUGUCAAUGAGGCCCCUGUGUUUGUCCCACCUUCCAAAGUCAUCGAGGCCCAAGAGGGUAUCUCGAUUGGAGAAUUGGUCUGUGUCUAUACUGCUCAGGACCCAGACAAGGAGGAUCAGAAGAUCAGCUACCACAUCUUGAGAGACCCAGCUGGCUGGCUAGCCAUGGACCCAGACAGUGGUCAGGUCACGGCUGCAGGCAUCUUAGAUCGUGAGAAUGAGCGGUUUGUGAAGAACAACAUCUACGAAGUCAUGGUUUUGGCCACAGACAAUGGGAGUCCACCCACCACUGGUACUGGGACCCUCCUGCUAACACUUACCGACGUCAACGACCAUGGCCCACUCCCAGAACCCCGCCAGAUCACUAUCUGUAACCAAAGCCCUGUGCCUCAAGUACUGAACAUCACGGACAAGGACCUGUCCCCCAACUCCUCCCCUUUCCAGGCCCAGCUAACACAUGAUUCGGACAUCUACUGGGCAGCAGAAGUCAGCGAGAAAGGAGACACGGUGGCUUUGUCCCUGAAGAAGUUCCUGAAGCAAGACACAUAUGAUUUGCACCUUUCUCUGUCUGACCAUGGAAACAGGGAACAACUAACCAUGAUCAGGGCCAAAGUGUGUGACUGCCAUGGCCACGUGGUGACCUGCCCUGACCCCUGGAAGGGUGGAUUCAUCCUCCCCAUCCUGGGUGCUGUCCUGGCUCUGCUGACCCUUCUGCUGGCGCUCCUCUUGUUGGUGAGAAAGAAGAGAAAGGUCAAAGAGCCCCUUCUGCUCCCAGAGGAUGACACCCGUGACAACGUCUUCUAUUAUGGUGAAGAGGGUGGUGGCGAAGAGGACCAGGACUAUGACAUCACCCAACUCCACCGGGGGCUAGAGGCCAGGCCUGAGGUGGUUCUCCGCAAUGAUGUAGCACCAACCUUCAUCCCCACGCCCAUGUACCGUCCCCGGCCAGCCAACCCAGAUGAAAUCGGCAACUUCAUCAUCGAGAACCUGAAGGCUGCUAACACGGACCCUACUGCCCCGCCCUACGACUCCCUGCUAGUGUUUGACUAUGAGGGCAAUGGCUCUGAUGCUGCCUCCCUGAGCUCCCUCACUUCCUCCGCCUCCGACCAGGACCAGGACUACAACUACCUUAACGAAUGGGGAAAUCGAUUCAAGAAACUGGCUGACAUGUAUGGUGGCGGUGAGGACGACUAGGCUGCCCUGCCAAGCUGUCCAGGCAAGAACUAAAAGAUCAGGUUGCAACGGCAUCUCCACUUUAGCCAAGGACUCUGGAGCUUGCCAGGAAGUGACGUGCGUGCGUAGCACGCUGCCUCUGACGUGAGGGCUGGACUGUGAGCCUUUCAGAUGGAAGGAUGUGGCAAUGACGUCAGUGAGGGCAGGGUUGCUUCAGAGGCUGAACCUAGAGGUCUCUGCCUGCCACACAGGGCUCAGCCCCAGGGCCAGCUGCUCUGAUGCCCUUCCUGACUUUCCAUUCAAUGGUUCCCUCUCUUUAGAAAGAGGCCUCUUCCUGCAGCCUUUUUUUUUCCUUAUGCAAUUUUCAAAAAGUUAGAGGCUGGGGGGUGGGGGGUCAGUGUCCCCUCAGGCCCUGGGGAAGAGAAGCCUGCAGGGCUCACUGGUCCCGGUGCUGCAUUUCUCUGAUCUCCAAGCCUUGAGGCCUCACACUGGGAUGGAUCACCGCUUUUUUUUUUUUAGCUGAGUAUGUCUAAAUUGUCUUGCAUUUUUAAUUUUCUCUGUUGUGUACUGUAGAUGGAGAGUGAUGACAAUCGUGUAAAAAUGUUCUACAGUUUUUUUAUUAAACGAAUUUUUUCCCAGA